GGAGGAGACCGUGGCGGACGGGGUGGUUUCGGCGGAGGAAGGGGUGGUGACCGAGGAGGACGAGGAGGAUUUUCAAGAGGUGGUGGACGAGGUCAGUCUCACAUCCCCGCGCAGCUUUAAGACUCAAGAAAUUGAGUAUUCGAGUCGCGGGACCCCCUACCUCCGUACUCGCGCAAAUGACAUGAGACCAAGAGUGGCUGACCGGAGGGUAAGGAGGUCGAGGCGAUAGCAGAGGCGGUCGUGGUGGGGGCAGAGGCGCACCUCGAGGUCGUGGAGCACCUCGCGGUGGACGAGGAGGAGGAGCAAAAGGUGGAGCAAAGACCAUAGUUGAACCCCAUAGACAUGCAGGUAUCUACGUCGCACGCGGCAAGGAAGACAUGCUGGUCACCAAGAACAUGGCACCCGGCGAGUCUGUCUACGGCGAAAAGCGCAUCAGCGUCGAGAACCAAGGUCCAGCGAAUGAAGAUGGCACUCCUGGCGUCACCAAGGUGGAAUACCGUGUCUGGAAUCCCUUCAGAAGCAAGUUGGCAGCUGGUGUUUUGGGUGGUUUAGACGAAAUCUUCAUAAAGCCCGGGGCAAAGGUCUUGUACCUCGGUGCUGCUUCUGGAACUUCGGUCUCGCACGUCGCAGAUAUCGUUGGACCUACUGGAACUGUUUUCGCUGUCGAGUUCUCCCACCGCUCUGGUCGUGAUCUUAUUAACAUGGCUACUCACCGCACAAACGUUAUCCCAAUCAUCGAGGACGCUCGCCACCCGCUCAGAUACAGGAUGUUGGUUUCGAUGGUCGAUGUCAUCUUCGCAGAUGUUGCUCAGCCAGACCAAGCUCGUAUCGUUGGAUUGAAUGCACACUUGUUCUUGAAAGUUGGAGGCGGUAUCGUUGUUUCUAUCAAGGCCAACUGUAUCGACAGCACUGCUGCACCGGAAGCUGUUUUUGCACGAGAGGUGCAAAAGUUAAGAGACGAGAGAAUCAAGCCUUUGGAGCAGUUGACUUUGGAACCCUUCGAGAGAGAUCAUUGUAUCGUCGUCGGUCGCUACGUUCGUUCUGCCCAAUAGAUACUCCACGUUGGUUUUCUUUUCCUUCCCAUAAUGCACAACGAAUCAGCAGAACCAGCGAUGACUUGGGCGGUGGUUGGGUUUCUUGUCAGGAUACGGUCGCGCUGCUUUGCUCUGGUGUAACUAUUCGGGUCCUGGCGUCCAGGUCACACAUAAGGUUUCAUAAAAAAGAAUGCUCACAUUCCUGGUAUCCCCCCCAAUGGUGACCUUUGUGAUUUUCAGGCAUACCUUUUCCAUUUACGUCGCUCAAAGAGGGUGUUUUGUGUCGCACUUUGAGUUUCCCACUGAAGUACUUUGCGAGAAACAUUCCAGCAAAAUUUC